AUGAGGUUCUUAUCUCUCGCCCUCGCUGUCUCUCUGGCAACAGCGCCAAGCUAUGCUUCUGAGUGCUCCCCAGAUUCGUCGCCAUCGGUGACGACUAGGGACGGAACAUUGCUGGGCGGAAGAUGUAGCACGACAGAUGUAAAUUUCUUCUUGUCUAUUCCGUACGCAAACACCCCCAAAAGGUUUCAUGCUCCUGUGCAGUACACUGGAGUGUAUCAUAAACGAAACGCGACGGUCCCCGCCCCAGCCUGCCCACAGUUUGGCACGACCUUCAUUGAGACAGAGACACAGUCCGAGGACUGCCUCUUUCUUGACAUCUGGGUCCCAGCAAACAAACCCUCCAAGUCCAAGCUGCCUGUGAAGAUCUGGAUCUUUGGUGGCAGCGAUGAGGCGGGCGGCAUAUCAAAUGCAAUGUAUACGGGUUGCUACGCCGCUGAGAACGUCAUCCAGGUCAACAUCAACUAUCGCCUGGGACCACUGGGAUUUCUGGCAGUCCGGGAGGCUGGAAUAAAUGGCAAUUUCGGUAUACAAGAUCAGCUACUGGCAUUGAAGUGGAUCAAGGCAAACAUUGAAUCUUUUGGCGGUGAUCCUGACAGAAUGGUUCUCUUUGGACAGUCAGCUGGCUCCUUCAAUACUUUCACUAUCGCGACUCUUAAUGAAGCCCCUCAUUUGAUUAGUGCUGCCAUCAUGGAGUCGGGAGGAGGUAGCGACUUCGCUUCAGUCGUCGAGGCCCAGCCCUGGAAUGACCUGUUCGUCACUACCCUUGGCUGCCGGCCAUCAGAUUUCUCCUGCAUCGACUCCAAGAGCGUGGCCGAAAUGCAGAAAGCCGUCCUGGCGAUGCCGGCUGGGGUCGGACCAUCAAUUGGCAGCCCUAUAGCCCACAUCGGCCGAGGCUUCAGCUGGGGGCCUCUUGUAGAUGGCAAAGUAAUCCCCAAGGAGCCCGCAUCAGUCGGCGUCAAGGUUCCCUCCAUCUUCGGCUCGACCGCUACAGAGGGCAUGCUCUUCGUCUUGGCCACCUACGCAAAAAACUUGACAACCCAAACCCAGGCCACUUAUGACGACUUCUUAAAUUACCAGUUCGGCCCCCUCGCAUCGCGCGUCAACUCAACCUACCCGCUCUCUAAAUUCCCGCCAACCGCCUCCGUCCCCAACUCCGCUGACGCUGCCAUAAACGCCGUCUAUACCGACUACUCUUACAAGUGUACAGCUUACAGAGGCCUCCAGAAGGGCAUCACCAACCGCGUCCCUGUUUACACAUAUUUCUUCGCCCACACCCCUUCCUGUACCUGGAUGACGUCUGUUCCCGACAGUCCUUUUGUCCACAGCUUUCUUGGUGCUACACACACCGCUGAGCUUCCUUUUGUCUUUGGCGUACUGGACGGACUUCCCGCCCCUGGAGGGAACUGCACUUCGACCUCGGCCGAGUUACAGCUAAGUAAACAGAUCAUCUCCUCAUGGGACAGUAUGGCUGCCGUAGCUAGUCCUGGAUGGCCGCGCUACUUGGGGCCGGGUAAAGGUAAUGGCCUGGGAAUGAUGUAUCUCGAGAAUAAUACAAUUGUAAGCGAGGUAGACUAUAGCAUUUGCCCGUUCUGGGAUGAGAUAAGGGAUGAGCUAUUGGCUCUGCGGGCUCAGGGGAAAGUGACCCGGUCCUGA